CAUCCGCUCCUGUUCUGUAUUGUAUGUUCGAAGUCGGAAGCGUUUGGAUUCAUCCAUACAUCCAGAUGUUUUUCGUCAGCUGGCUGUCUCAUCCAAGAAAUUUUCUCCACGGAAGCGGUACGCGAAACUCGAAUAAGCCUUCGAAGUUCUCCUGGAGUUGCGUUUGCGUGCUUUCUGUUUUUGUUACCACUGUGUAUAGUGUCAUCAACACUUGUACCCGCAGCUAUUGACUCUCUAGAUGAGGUGUGGACCUCUGUUGUCGAAGAUUGUGCAACGAACGGGACACAAAAGUCAGCAUGGAAGACGCUGCAGCUGCCGAACAAUUGGGUGGAUUGCCUGAUAUAGGCAAUUUGGGAAUCGCGGAAAAAGAUCAAUUCCAAGAAACCAAUAAUAAGAAAAGGCAGAAGAAGAGGAAGAAGAAGUCAAAGAAGGCUGACGACCCUACUAUUGAAGUUGACCGCGGGCCGUCAACAUUUCAAACUAACGCACAUAGUGAAGCUGAAGACUCCUCUGCAACAAAAUUUCUAACUCCAUCGGUGAAAACUGACAUUUGCAGCGAUGAAGUUUUAGACAGACCAUCAACAUUUCAGGAGGAAGCUAAGCCUGAAGGCAAAGAUGUUCCUGAAUAUGCCCUCGAAAAAGCUGAGGCUUCGACCAAUAGUAUUUCCAGUGCUCCUUUACAGAAAACGGACGCCCUCGCCAGUGCAUCGUCGUCGAAUCAGUUGAACGCAAACGCCAAAUGCGAAGCCUUCCCUGUGCAAAAAGAAAGAUCCCCGCUAGAGUACACCAGCGCUGUACCAAAUGAGAUCGUGAAAAAAUCAUCAACUUCCCAGGCCGUUAGGAAAAGAGAAUUGAAACAGAAACGCAAAUCUUCAAAGAACGGUAAUAUUCCCAUCAACGUGGACGAACAUGAAUCAACAACUUUUCAGGGCAACGUGAAAACCAAGAUUGAGGGCCCUAACAAACCUAACCCUGGAUUUCCCCAAGAAGAGUCGCAGAAAUCGUUACUACCAGAGACAAUCGAAGACAACGACCGACACCAAACGCAGGAAUCUUCUCAACAAUCGGCUAGGCAGUCUCUUCAGCAACCGGAUUUACUUUCCCAUCCACUAUUUUCUGGUGAUUUUAGGCUGUGUGCGUUAGAGUCAUUCCUGACACCAGAAGCUGUACAAGCUAAGAAGCUGGAUGGCACUUGCAUAGAGGGGACGAUUCGCAUUAAUCGGCGCAAUUCUGAAGAAGCUUUCGUAAGGAUGCCGGAUGAUGCAGAAGGAGGCAAGUGCCAGUGGGAUAUCCGCUUAGAAGGUUUAGACGGUCGCGGCCGUGCGCUGAAUGGAGAUCAAGUCGCAGUAGAACUUCUACCGCGAGAAAAGUGGAAGAUUCAGGUAAAAUCAAUUCAGCAGUGGGAGGCGGAUAACAAAAUUUCGCUAUUCGAUUUCGUACGGAACAGCGAUACCGCACCUGAGGAUGUCACCACUAGAAAUGAAAGUAAAGACGGCGUGUCAGUGAAAUCCGUAUCCGAGGCCGUUGGUGGAGGGGCGGUUGCGUGCGCGGUGGUUGAUAAUCCAGCUGUUAAUGAAACGCGUUCCUGCGAAAUUGAAUAUCCAUUAGAGCUAAUCUUCGAACAUCCGGAGUGGGGCCGUUUUGUACAACGAACAGGUCGAGUUAUUGGUAUUGUUUCCGAAACCGGCCCUAGGGUGAGUUGCGGCCUUCUUCGAACAAUGAAAAACGAGUUUUGGCACCAAAUUGAUCAACAGAAGCCGGCACAGCACUAUCAACAUGGUAACCGGCAAAGGCCUAAAGCGGCGCUCUUUGUCCCGCAGGACAAGCGUUUCCCACAUCUUUGGAUCCCAGCAGGACAGUGCCCGCCAAAUUUCUUCGAGCGUCCGCUCGACUAUUCGAAAACGCUGUACUGCGCGCGAUUGGUGCAAUGGCCUGGUCUACCGGACCCUAAGGGGCAUUGGGAACUGCCUCAAGGAGAGCUACUUAAGCUCAUAGGGAAAACGGGCGAUGUUGAAGCUGAGACGAUGGCGAUCCUUACGAGUCAAGCGAUUGACUUCGAAGAAUAUACUGAGGAUAUCUUGAGUGACUUAUCAGUACCUGUCCGCCCGGACUGGACGAUUCCAACCAAGGAGUUUGAGUCGAGGCGAGACUUUCGUCGCGAGCUAGUAGUAUCAAUCGAUCCUUCAACGGCCAGGGAUCUGGACGACGCCUUAUCUGUGAAACAAAUUGCUGAUAAUCUCUAUGAGGUCGGAGUCCAUAUUGCAGACGUUAGUUAUUUUAUACCCUCCGGUUGUAAAGUCGACAAAAAGGCCGAGAGUCGAGCUACGUCUGUCUACCUCGUUCAAAGGGUAAUCCCGAUGCUGCCGAGAAUUUUAUGUGACCAGCUCUGUUCUCUUACUGCUGGUACUGACAGGUUGACAUUUUCAGUCGUGUGGAAAAUGAACUCACAAGGCCAAGUCCUUGAUGAAUGGUUCGGGCGCUCCAUUGUCAAUUCGAGCUGUCAACUGAGUUACGAGCAUGCACAGCAAAUGAUUGAUUUUCCAAAUCAUAAGUGGAGGCCAGAAGAGUUACCAAACAUAUAUGGGUGCUGGACGGUGUCCGAUAUUAAUAAGUCUAUCAACAUUCUUAAUGGGAUGGCAACAAAGAUGCGUGAACGGCGCGUAGCGAAAGGAUGUCUUCGACUUGACCAAAUUCGGCUGGAAUUCGCUCUUGCAAAUGAUGGAACGACACCUCAGGGGUUCUCUAUAUAUGAGCACACUGAAAGCCACAAACUCAUCGAGGAAUUCAUGCUUCAGGCAAACAUGGCUGUGGCUCAUCAAUUGGUAAAGUACUUCCCUGAAAUGGCGUUUUUGCGAAAUCACCCUCCGCCUGAUUGGAGACGCCUGGAGACGAUAGUUAGAUCAUUCAAAUUCGAGGACCUUAUUAUGAAUGGAAGGACAUCUGGAGAUCUACAAAAAUCACUUUUUGAUGUUGUUGAUUCGUCCAAUCGUAUCAAGGUAGUUGACUCGAUCUCAUCCUGUUUAAGACGUAAUGACCGUUCUGCACGCGAUGCGCUAUUGGGUGCGCUCUGUAACGUCCUUUCAAAGCCAUUUAGGCCUGCCUCUUACUUUGUAGCAGGCAGUAUGCCCAACACAGACCACUACAGACAUUUUGCAUUGGCAGUACCCUUGUACACACAUUUCACCUCGCCAAUUCGUCGUUACGCAGAUUUGGUAGUCCAUCGUCUGCUGGCCGCGUCUCUGGAUCUAGCAAAGUGUCCAUAUAAAGAGAUGGCUACUCUCCAACGCGUAGCUAACCAUUGUAACGAGCGAAAAUACGCAGCUAAGACAGCCCAGGAUUUAAGUAACGAACUUUUCGUCUGGACGUUUAUUAGCAAAUUGCCCGGGCGGCAAAUGAAGGAUGACUUUUUAGUGAUUGCAGCGCUCGAUAAGGCAGUAGACGUCAUGUCCCUCUCAACCGGACUUGUUCUUAGGGCUUACGUCGAUAAACAAGGUGUCUUAACAACACGUUUUAGCAACGAUCCCGAUUGUCUCAUCAUGGUGUUCGACUCAGACAGAGGCCCCGAUUGCGAAGAAACCCUUAAGUUAACUCUACUGACACCUGUCCACGGGAUGGUAACUGCCUCGCAAUACUUGGGGAAGUAUUUAGUGAUAUUCGACGCUCCUCUGAAUGCUAUCCGACGUCCUGUUAGGUCUGUAUGUUGAUAUGGAAAACGUCAACUAUUUAUUUUCCCAAAUAUUGAACGGGUAUGACCUACAUCGUCAAGCGUAAAGCACUGAUGCCAAUACCCGGCGAUGUAGUUCAAAAAGGUAACUAGCAAUAAAAAUAUUGACUAAUUUCUUUAUCAGCUAACCUAUAUUCGUUUGAAAUCAUUUCCACGUAAUUAAAUUGAAAACCAGUAAUUCAGGUAACUCUUUUUCAAUGAUUUGGCCAAUCGAAGCAGUCAGUAAAAAGUCCAAGGUCACCAGGGCCGGAACAGUGAUCUCUCUACACAGGAUCUUAAAGGGAUGAGUACGAAAACGGCGCCAAAAAUUUUUUGAGAAUGAUUGAUUGCAGGGGAUAACCAAGUCACCGGUGAAGACCCCAUGAUAUUUGUAGCGCCAAGCAAUGGCGUCGUCAAAUUAUAAUGGGUCUAAUUACUGUUAGCAAGAUUAAGGAAAACGCUAUGUCAGAGAUUUAUUUUUGUAAAAAAUGUAUGACAUUAUGUCUCAUUGUGUUUCAAACAGAACCUUGCAUAAGAAUUCAAACUUUUCUUAUGUUUGUUCGAAUGUCAAAUCCUCAGCAAUCCUUACCCACUAAACUAAUGAUUUCAUAGAAUGUGAUGAAUAAUACAGGUGGGUGUAGAAAUGCAAACAAAAGAUGCUAAAAAGAAUAUAGAACAGCUAAACAAUGGACCUAGAACAAAGUAAAACAGUGUUAUGUUAUACUUGCUUAUACAGAUUUCGUAUUCAGUGCGUAUAAUAUAUUUGACAAUGAUUAAAAUUAUGUCACCUAUAACAAUCUCCAAAAAUUGCUCAAACAGGACUGCGCUAAAUGGUACUAUUGAUUGUGUAUAUGCUUUAUAUAUUUGUAAGUUGCCAAGACGUGAAAAAGAAAAUGGAGAGCUGGUAUAAAAAUGUUACUAAUGAAGGGUUGGGUACGAAAUAAUGAAAAUAAAUGGAUGGCCUAGCACAUCAGCAAACAAUUUAACUCUGAAUAUUGUGUUUAAAUGUAUUAAGAAAAUAACCACGUUAGCUUAUUUUAAGCAUCUUCAAGUAAUUUCUUCGGUUUUAUUCGAGAAUAACGCUGGAUGACAUCCAAAAUAGGGCUUGCAGAGAGCACUUGGAAACGGCAAAGUUUGAAUCACAUUAUCCGAACUCAUCUAUUUCAAGGGGCGUCCUAGCCCUCGAAGAGGUCAACAGUGAAAUAGAAUCGCUGCAUAAAAUAGGCUAAGAUGACAUAAUCGCUAUUGUUCAUUACGAUUUGUUGGGUGUCCAAAUACGGUCUACAGUUCAAGACUUCGACAUUUUAGUACUUGGAAGAGCUGCUGGAAUAGGUAACCAAGACAUGUUCAAUAGGUGUAUGCACAGACAACAAGUUUACAGUGUUCUUUCUAUUAAUUUCGACUAAAGUUAACUAUUGCUUCUGCGGAAAAAUACCAAAAGGCUUGAUCUUCAUAUUCACAUCAUACUAUUUGCUGAGACUAUGCAAAUAUUAAGAAUUAUAUUUACAUAAUUACUCUUAAAUGUUUAUUGUUACCUAAAUACGGUUUGUGUCAACAUGCUUCGGACCUUACUUUUAAUAAAAUCCCUACAUUGUUUUAGUAAAGUACCGUUUGUUACGGUGUGCUACUUCUAUUUCGAGAUGUACUGCAUCGACAGAAAUGGAAAGAAUAUAGUUUAGAAGAUGCAUAUCGGAAGUCUUUCUUCGGGCCCCCUGCUUAACCGCUAUUAGCUAGCUUGGCACAGGAUAUUUCAACAACUGGAUAUCAUUCAGUUACCAGGCCAAAGCAAUCCAUUUA